CUCCACAGGUCUGUCAAGAAGUCUCUGCCAAAGUUCCUCUCCGCUGUUGUCGUACAUAUUUCAUUGAUGAAUUCCACUUAACAGAUAAUUCAGAGUCAGAUGAUGCCAAGAACAAAUUCAGAUUAAUGCAGAUCCUGUAUUUGACUCUGGUCGAAGCAGUUCUCCAAGCCAUCAAUAUGUAUAAAGAGUCUGCAAGUGUGCAGCAGGCAAAGAAUACAGCUUUAAAUGUCAUCAAGGAAUCAAGUGUCCUGUUGAAAAGUGAUGUUCUUGGAAACUACCUCAGAAUAAGUAAAAAUAUUGAAUUUGUGUUGGAGGACAUUAACACCAAGUCAAGCCAAAAGAAUCCCUUCGUGGACAAAGAUGGUCAAUACAGGCUCCGGUCCACUAUUAAAUGGAUACAGAUGAGUAUUUGGAAUAUCCCUGAUUGUGGUGGACAGAACAGUUCCAGUGUUGGUUCCCUGACUUUUGGAGAGACAUUCCUUGUCUCAGCUCUUCUCUUCUCUGAUGAGGAUUCCCUGACCACUAAAUCUACAGAGGUACAAGUAUUGACUGCUCAAAUACCAAGAUAUCAUUGCUGGACAAAUGUUCCGAUCCAAGACAACAUAUCACACAUUGGUGACUGCCUCAAGCUGACCGACAUGUUGGGAGAUGCAGUGUGUGACGGCAACAGUAUUAAAGUGGUGGACACUGACACAGUGUGGGACGUAGUAAGAACUGGACAUCUCUUUGUACAACAACAUGGUCUGGUUGUCCAUUUAACUGGUCAGAAUCCUGUUAUUGUCCCAAACUCUGGGAUUACCAGUCUGGACAUCUACUAUGAGGACUCAAGUAGCUCUGUAGUUGUCGUGUUGCUCAACCUAACAGCAACCAGCUGCCCACAUAAAUUACUGGUUCCUUCUCUCAACGACCGCAGAACACUGAUAUUGUUAUUCCAACCAAAGACGAAGGCCAACAAAACUCUCUAUGCUAAGUUGCUGCCACACUGGAAGGAUGGAACCAUUCCACUUGUCUACCUGAAGCAGCUUCCAAGCCACAUAGCAAAGUUGUGUAACUCCAAACUGACCUCUUCAUUGGAAGUAGCUGCAAAUCAGAAGAUGGUGUGGACACUGGAACAAGCAAAUAACCAUCUCCAUGGACUGGACAUUUUCCUGCACCAUUUAUUGGUCAGUAACAGCCACAUACAACAACCGAUCGUCACUGACCUGGGGAGAAUUCUACUGACAGGGUCCAGCCCAUUGCCUACUACUACUACUGGCACUGAAGAUAACAAACACAGGGUUGUGGUCACUAUACUGGCUGGAAUCAGAGGAAGUUAUAAAGAGAGUUUCUGCAAAGUCUUCACUGGACUGGCCAAAGACUAUAACAGUUGGAUAAUCUUUCAGCAACCGAUCAGGAAUGCAGAAGAGUUUGAUGCAAAGAAGUUGCAGCACCAGCUCUCUUGCAGUCUGCAAAAUCAAUCCCAGCAGGUCCGGAGAUCCGCCAGCGGAGGCAGAAAAUCCAUGCGAAUCAUUGUUGUUGUUCCUGGUUAUACUGAAAUCAUUGAUGUGGUCCGAGCUGUCCACUCACAUCCAGACCGCAACAUUGCUGCACAGAUGGACAUCGGUGCUGUCACAGUUUGUGUGAAUCCUGACAACAGUUUUCUGGAGAACAGAUUCAUGUUUCCUACACUGUGGAACCAAUGUCUGGAAGGUUGGGUCAAUAACAUCCUGUUUAUUGCUUCCAAGAAGUCUGAGAAGAACCUCCAUCUCAUCAAGAAGAUAGAACAAUUGGUGAAGAAGAAGAACCACCAAGUCAACAUCCUCACCGUUUUUGAUGGUCAACUAAACAUGAGUUCCGAUAUUGAUCUGAUCCUUUCAGAAAAUAGCUUCAACACUGAAGAACUGAUCAGAUCCAGACACCUGAUAACUCCGAAUUGGAUGGACCCUCAGACAUCGAAAACACAAUAUUCUGCUGCUGUCCCUGUGAUGGAUGUGAAACUGGUGUUUGACAAGCAAUUGGAUAAAACUUUGUUCAUACAGAGAUUAACAGGUCUGAAAGAACAGUUGGUAGGAUAUCCUUUCCACGGCAACAUCUACCAUGUGCGAGGGCAAGUUCAAUUCCUAAAAGAAAAAUCUAUGUGUGAGCUCCAAUACAUAACACUGUCCACUCAACUGAUCAUCGACAAGGUGACCCUACAGCCACAGCCCCCUGGUCAGAAGCUUCAAUCACAGCAAAACUCCUUCCUUGUCUUCUCUGGUUGUCAUCUCAACAAAGACGAACUGAAGACAUGGCUGAAGACCUGCCUUAAAAAGAUUGGUAGCCAAAAACCACUUAUUGACCGUCACCAGCUGUCAAACAAACUUGUCCGGUUGAUUCAGAAACGCCAUAGUGUUGACCAGUUACCUCCUGGCUGGUUCUUCAAUGGUCAGUCUUAUGUGAGCCUCACAGGGGAACGUUCACCCACUCACCCUAAUCUUGGCCAAUUCCUUGACCACUACACUGCAACUAAGAAUUCUGAAAUUACAAAUUAUAACAAAAAAAUUGAGAAACAAAAUCAGGAAAAUGUUCUUCAGUUUUUUGAAGAAGACUAAAUAAUGAGGGGAGGGGCAUUUUUCUGAUUGCACUCAUAAACAGAUUGUGGCUGCUUCCAGUCCCAUUAUACCUGGUCAUAGUCUCACUUUACACUACAACCAGUUCAACUCCAGCAGUGCACACUGAGGGUGGCUACCUUACAGAAAAGCCAUACAAUAGUGACACCACAUGUUAAGGGUGACUGCCCUUAAUCCAUACAGCAGUAAUACAGCUGAAGGGUAAGUUACCUGAAGUUAACCCGUAAAUAUCAAUGUUUAUCCCAUCUGUUACAAAACCUUUCGUGAAAUAAAAGAACAAAACAUUU